UACGAGGCUUACUGUCCUUGUACAGCCCAGGGUAGUAGAACAGCUAUAGUCAUGGCCGGGUUCAUUUCUGCAUCCCGUAUGUAAAGUUGUGUCUUCCAAGAAGUGGGAGUGCUGGUCUGAAUGCCAUAGGAACACUCUUGAGCUUCGUCAUGGGAGCUGUAGUAGCUGAUGAUGGACCAUCUGGUGUUAAAGCCCCCGAUGGAGGCUGGGGCUGGGCUGUCCUUUUCGGCUGUUUUAUCAUCACAGGAUUCUCCUACGCCUUUCCUAAGGCAGUUAGUGUCUUCUUUAAAGAACUUAUCCGGGAAUUUGGCAUUGGAUAUAGUGACACUGCAUGGAUUUCCUCCAUUCUCUUGGCCAUGCUUUAUGGAACAGGUCCGCUCUGUAGCGUAUGUGUCAAUCGCUUUGGCUGUCGCCCUGUCAUGCUGGUGGGUGGCCUUUUUGCCUCCCUGGGGAUGGUGAUAGCCUCCUUCUGCACCAGCAUUGUUCAGAUCUACCUGACUGCAGGGGUGAUUACUGGUUUGGGUCUGGCACUAAACUUUCAGCCUUCGCUGAUCAUGUUAAACCGUUACUUUGACAAACGCCGUCCCUUAGCCAACGGGCUAUCCGCCGCCGGGAGUCCGGUGUUUCUUUGUGCUCUCUCGCCGCUGGGGCAGAUACUACAACACGAGUAUGGCUGGAGAGGAGGAUUCCUUAUACUGGGCGGGAUGCUGCUCAACUGCUGUGUAUGUGGAGCAUUAAUGAGACCUUUGGAGCCACCCAAAAAGUCUGAAGCUACCAAAGAACCAGCUGAGAAGAAAGCAAAGAAGAAACUUCUGGAUUUCAGUGUGUUUAAAGACGGUGGUUUUGUAAUCUACACGCUAGCGGCAUCUAUCAUGGUGCUAGGCCUCUUUGUUCCCCCAGUUUUUGUUGUGAGUUACGCCAAGGAUUUAGGGUAUCAAGACACCAAAGCAGCUUUUCUUCUGACUAUUCUGGGAUUCAUUGAUAUCUUUGCUCGGCCUAUUUGUGGAAUGGUAGCUGGUCUUAAAUGGGUUAGACCACGCUGUGUCUACCUCUUCAGUUUUGCUAUGAUUUUCAAUGGCUUUACAGAUCUCAUGGGUUCUAUGUCUGUUGAUUAUGCUGGCCUGGUGGUCUUUUGCAUUUUCUUUGGCAUUUCGUAUGGAAUGGUAGGUGCUCUUCAGUUUGAAGUUCUCAUGGCUAUUGUUGGUACUCAGAAGUUUUCCAGUGCGAUUGGUUUAGUGCUCCUGGCAGAAGCUAUGGCUGUUCUUAUCGGUCCACCAUCAGCGGGAAAACUCUUGGAUGCAACAGGAAGAUACAUGUUUGUUUUUAUUAUUGCUGGAAUUGAAGUUACCACCUCGGCACUUGUAUUGGCCUUGGGAAAUUUCUUCUGCAUUAAGAAAAAAUCAGAAGAACCACAUACAAAAGAAGAAGCAGCAGAAAGAGAGGAAUUAAACAAAUCUGAAGACAAAGCUCCUGAAGAUGCCAAGGUGGACUCUAUUGAAGUGGAGCAGUUUCUGAAAGAUGAGCCUGAAAAAAAUGGGGAAGUUGUAACUAACCCAGAAACAUGUGUGUGAGCAUGACAGGAACCCAACAAAGUGUUUAGAAAAGAAAGAUUUUCAACACUAUUUAUUUUAGAAAUAGAACUAGUUUAGGGCUGGGCCAUCUGCUUUAUUAACUGGAGGCCGUUUAGCUCAUCAGGUCUCUCUGGAAGCUGAUGAGCUAGACAACCUUUUAUCGGAAAAUUAGCUUUAUCAGUAAAAGGUGGAGUAUUGUGGCUAUACUUUUUAUGUAAACUAAAAAGCUUUUAUAAACACAAGUAGAGUCUUGCUAUGCAUCACCAGAAACUGCUCACUUGGAAGAGAUAUAGGAAGAAUAUUUUUUAAGAAAAGUGGAAUUAUAUGUACGUUUUCAGACAAUAGUGGUGAAAUCGCUGUGUUGUGCGGCUAAAUAUAAUUUCCCUUUCUGUUUGCUUUGUGAAGGGGAAAGAGUUUGAGAUGGAGAAAAAUCUCAGGAACUUAAAGGUCUCCAUUAGGUUUUUGAAUUUCUUACUUUUUUAGAUUUUUAGAUUAGUUGGCUCAGCCCUAAUUUAAUUUUGAUAAUAUCUGUUACUUUGAUUUAUGUAAAUGUAUUUCUGAGUUUUGUCUAAACCUGUAAUCUUUGUCAUUAUCAUCUGGAAAUACUGUUAUGUGUAUGGCACAUUACAGACGCUACCCUCCGCAGAUCACGCAAGCGGUAUUCCGAGGUAGUACUAAAAGAAAAUAAAAUGAGCAGAAUCGAUCCUGGCACACCAUAAGCAAACAAAGUCAGCCUACUUUUACAUACCCAGUUUUCAGUACAGUUUCCCUGCAGCGUUGAAAAAUACCACAAGUAACAUGGAGGAGACAGAUAUUAGGUUUAGUACUAAAGAGUCUUCUGAAGGACUGCCCAUUUGGUCUAUAAAAGAAACAGUGUAAGUUUCCAGAUGACCUAUAAAAUAGAGCGGGGAGACUUAGGGAAGGGACUGCACUAUUUUGAAACACGUCAGCCACCCUUCAAAUGCAACAUGGGAAGGUCCUAAGUUUUUUUGGUUUUUUUUUUUCCAUUUACCCCACUUCCUUAUCCUUUUGCUUCAUCUAUGGACGUUCAAGGUGCCAUUCUUGCUGGUUGAGGAAACAUGAAAGAACUGUUGAUCGCAUUUGUGACGGCAAAGCCUCAGGACCAAUCGAGAAUGGGGCCGGCUCCGCUACUCAUUGCACAAACAGAACAGGGAGUCUCUGGCCAGUCUUUAAAUCUUCUCUGACAUUGGGACGGGGGAAGGAGGAGAACGAGAAACAGAUCAGACAAGGCAUCGAUGGCACAUUUGAAGAAACGUGGGAAGGGAAAAGAUUCAUUGUGAGGACGCUGAAUACAAAAGGAAGGAAGGUAUUCUAGAUAUUUUUGUUCCCACCAAACACAUUCAAGAAAUGCAAUCUUUUACACGAAAUGCUACUGCAAACCACCUUUCAGAUAUGGUUAUAAAAAGCUCUCUAGGCUUUGUGACUGCAGCACAGUCUUCAAAGCAGACUAAUUGUAACAGAUUCAGUUUUCUUCUUGGUAGCAAAGGAAUACUGGCUUUCCGGUGCCAAAAUUGUUCCACUUAAUAACUGCAAACUUAAAAAAACCCCAGACUGAAAGACCCUAAUCCCUUAAAACCAUGCAUCCCUUUUAAAAAUAGCAUCAUUAGUUGUUUCAUACUUGACCACUUUAGCAGAAAGGUACAGUGAAUCCAACAAAGUGCCAAAACCACGAACCAUUCCCUAAUGGAGCGAUCUUAGAUACCAGCUUCCAUUCUGGUAGUUUCAAAAUGGUUUUGCAUUGUUAGGACAACGUUGCACAGAAAUUGAAAAGUCAGGAUAAUGAUUUUUUUUUUUUUUAAAUGAUUUUAAAAAGAAAUGGAUGCUGCAUUGAAUAAACCGUUUAUUUUUAUAUCGUAUAUAGCGCAUUACUUUAAAACCUUUUAUUAAUUUAGUGGCAGGAAUUGCGCUGGCACGUCCUCGUUGUAAGAACUUAGCCACCGAACUCAGCUCCAGUCAGUCCCUGGAACACAACACUGCUGGCUCCAGAGGCCGCCGUGCGAGACGGCAAGAGGAAAAUGGAAUCCACAGAUCAGUUUAUGAUAUCCCUGGCAGCUGCUUCAGAUGAUACGUGAAAACCCGAUAUAGCUUUCAGGUUGGAGUUCCCUGUUCCGUUUCAAAAAGCAAAAACUAGAAACCUUCCCAAAGGUCAAUUCAGAUUCUCAAAUAGCCGUUUUUGUCUUACUGUGGGUUUUGAUCACCAGAUUUCUUUGCUAAACGAUGCUAUCCUGUUAUCACAGAACUAAAUGGUUAUUCCUUUGACCUCAGGUUUUGACACAAUUUUAAUUUUCUGAACAUUCUGCAAAUUGUCUAGACUGUAACAUCUCGAAAAUUUGGGUUUAUCAUACUGACUUUCCAGACUAUGUUUCAUUUUCUAUACAUAAUACCUUUAGGGUUACGCUGGAAACAAGAAGUGUUGUUACAAUUUUAUGUGAUUGGGGCAGAAGUUUUUAAGAUACGGGAAACACAUUUUAACAAGACACCAUAAAUAAUUUCUGAAGUAAAUCUAGUGUUCACAGAAUGUGCCUCGUUGGCCUAUGCAAGUUCUUUUCCUGGACUCAAAGGUGAACUGCUCUGCGUAGGACGGGCAGUGCUCGUGUGCCAUUUUCAGCAUGGAUCUAGCACUGGAUUGCAGUAUUCCUGAGAGCAGGAGAUGCGCACUGCACGAGAGAGGCCAAGUCACAGGGCUGUGAGAAAUAAAGGUGGGAAUUUCAUUUGCUAAGGAGUUUCACACAGGCUGUCAAAUCUUUUACCUUUUUCAUUAUUGACAAGAAGCAUCAACGCAGGGAUGAGAAACUCCUAAUGGAGAUCUCUGAGCAAUAUCAAAACUGACAGGCUUGAGAGUACCGCUGAGUUCUGGAGCCAGUUACGCUCCCUGCUUCCAUUCCGUCCCGUUCGGGUGUGUGCCAGCCCCUCCAGUCCUCUUUCCCUCAGCUGCCUUUAUCUCCUUGGAAAGAGAUGGACUCUUCCUCCACGCGUGCCAGAGCCCUGGCCUGGGCCACUGCGGGACAGCAUGCCGGGCUGUGCCGAGGCGUACCCCCGGCUGCUCCUGCGGACGUGGUCACAAAGGCUGUACCUCGAGCUCCUCUUUUACAGACGGCAGCAAGUCCUUAGGUGCUCAGCGCUGUCUCAGAACACCAGCUAGAAAAUGUUACAUAGAGAAGGCGAGGGUUGUAUUGGAACCCUUUCUCUCGGCAAGAGUAGCCUGGCUCCUUAUUAAUUUAACUCUGCUUACUGUCAAUUCACCAGGAAUUGCUUUUAAACCCCUCUAGGUAUUUUGGUACAGUAUUUCUUUAAUCUCAACACCACUGAGAUCCCCUAAGAGCAGUUUGUGAGAUGUGCUCUUUCAUACGUUUUGAGGAUGCGCGUGGCCAGAGCCAUAAAGCAUUGCUAAGGAGACGGUAACUGCCCAGCGCCGCAAGCACAACAGUUCCGUGCAACAUCUACCUCGACGAACCUUUCUUCAAGCUUCAUCUCAUUAAAGUCUUGUGAUUUGAAAAAAGAAAAGGGAUGAAAAGGAGAAAGGGAAGGCAGGUAAUUAUACAACUAAACUGCCAAGCAUCCCAAAGACAACGUUACAAUUUACUCUUGCAUCACACACUAUCGGAACAAAUGUAAUUUCUUUAGACAUAUAGUUCAUUAAUCUAUUUACGAAGUCUGUGAGGGAAACAAAAACACAAGUGCAAAAAAUCCAAGUAUAAUACUAUAAACCAGUUGAAAGAUAGUUUCCAUAGAUUAUGUCUCUGAAACUAAUGAAUGGUCUUUUAGUGUACAGGCUGGCAUAGUUUUUAAAGCUUUUUAGAUCUUUGUACAUUGUAUAAAUUGUGUAAUAUAGGAUUUAUGGUUAAAAUAUUUUAUGUUUGAUCAUGUAAUGGAUCUUAGGCCAUUAAUUUCCUAAUGCAAGGAGAGAGCGUGUGUAUAAAUGCCUGUAACACACAGAGACUAUAUAGAGGUGUACAUGUGUGUGCAUAUAUAUAUAUGUAUGUAUCAAUCUAUAUCUAUAUCAAACAUGGCAAAUACCCACUAGAGCAGAACAGAGACAGUUUGGCUGUUUACUGGACAACGAGCAAUGCAGAGUUAAAACUCUUUUCUUCUUCCUCCUAUAAAAAGAUACGUUUGCUUUUUUAAAAUUUCUAAACAAAAUAUCUUGUAGCUAUUUGGGGCAUAGAAGAUUUCAGUGGAACUAAAAAUCUGAAAGUGAUGCAGCUACCACAAUCUCUAGGUUUUAUUUUUCUCCAGUCCUUAAAUACGUUACAGCAAAUCUUUACCCGUACCUGCUGCUAAAGCAGCCCGUUCCCUAAAGCUGAGACUUGAGACGCUACGAAGGUAUGAUGUGAAGGACUGGACAGAUCUUGUGCUUGUUAAUAUUAAAUUCCAUCCAAACAAACGUGUUAGACAAUGUAAAAAUCAUUCUCUAAAAAGAAAUUAAAACAUUCGCCUAGCCAAGCAAUCGAACUCCAAAAUGAAAACCCCAGAUUCAUUCCGGUGUGCGCCUUUGCUACAUCCCAAAGAAAAGCUUUGGUAGGCAAUGGUGACCAGAGGGCUUUCAGGAGAACGCAAACUCUUCCAUGUUACAGCGGUAAGUACUGGCUCGGGUACGUGUGUCUGCGUGUCUUUAGGCUAAUGGGAGUACACUUCAGCUUUGUGCAAGUCAGAUAACUUUGUUUCUUGUUAACGCACUUUAAUGUAACGUGUACAUUUACAGUUAAGAUUUUUUUUUAUGCUUUUCUAGUAAACUGUUGCAAAUGUAGUGAAUAAAUAUUUAUUUGGUUGUCAAAAAUUGCGGGUGUGAGGAAAUAAGCUUAGAAAAACCAACUUUAACACCCAGAUUUGGAAAUUGGGCGUCAUUUGGGCUUGCUGCAAUGGCUAAGCGGAAGCAGAAUGCUCAGAGAGAGGAAAGUAGGAGGCGACACCGAGCUGACGGGCAGCCAGAAGGUCACCUGGGCAAGGGGACUGGCUUUGCCAUGACUCACAGUUUGCCAGUUCCAACGCAGAAACGGGCUCCUGUCGUCAAUGAUCCUGAAGACUAUUUUAAAGCAUCAACUAAUUUAAAAUAAUAGCUAUUAAUUUUGUGGUGGUCCAUAUAGAAAUUACCGUUCUUGUCCUCUGAAGAGCGCUCCAGGUUUUGAUUGCAGGUAGUUUUGUGAACUGCUAUGACAUAUAAAGCCCUAAAUAUUUUAAGCACUGACUUGCCAGCAAGCGGUCUUUAUCGUCAAGUGAUAGAACUUGACGAUAGAACUUGAAAGUUCUUAAGAAAACAUAGUUUAAGAAUAUAUUUAUGGUGGGGUUUUUUUGGAUCCUGCGGUGCCCCAGCUACAACUGGCUCCUCAAGGUAUAAUUCUCAAGGAUAUACCCAAGUGAAUCAAAAUUACAGUUUCUUCAAUUUAACAAGAGCUACAUUUUGCUAUCUAGAAGCUGUCCAGGAGGCUCACACCUACUUGUGCCUAAUUCUAAGUAUCGCUGCUGAGAAAUUCUGGAGAGAUCUCUAAGCUCAGCUUCAAAAGUUUCUCUGUUAUUUACACUGAAAAGAUUGUAGGUCUAGUUUACAUAAAACUCUACGUUUGAAUAAACAUACCAUUACCUUUUUUAUGCUAGUAAAACAUUGGUAAAACUUAAGGUGUAAUCAAAUGCUUUGCUAUCCCGCUGGCCAGAUCGAGCCAUGUGCUGCUGCAGAAGGAACGUUACCGGGUGGACCGAAAUGACAGAAUUUGUUAGCGUGCAGUCAGCAUAUCCUUGUGACAGAAAACCAAAGAGUUUAUCUUUGCUUCUGUUACUCUCCGAGUCCAAAAGGACGGACUCAGGCCAUUAACUGUGGAGGAAAACUGGCACGACCCAAGUCGCACAGCUGUUGUUCCCUGAUGCUGGACCUGUUAUAGGAAGGUGACCCACCAAUAUCUGAAGAGCAAACACCUUUACAACAGCAAAGGCACUGCGUGUGAGAAGCAACGGCUUUGGAAUGUAUUAUUGUAGCAGCUUUCUCCAUGCCUCUGGAAUAGAACUCAGUUUUGUGCCAGUAGGAAAAAGGCCCAUCUACUGCAAAAGUCAGGACUCUUAAAAGUAUCUUGCUGGUGACCCAGUCUGCGAGAUCAGCCGUCCUGCAUCUGUCUGAAGAAGUACAGAAAGUUAGAGGCAGACAGAGUGAAAAGCUACUUACCCGUCGAGUUAGAUGCUGUUUGUUCCUUGACUGAUCUCGACACCUGCUUCAUCAUCUCAGCAAUAUUCCAGCUGGCAACUUCCCUCGUUACCUUUAGAUGAAUGCUUCGGAGCAGUAAGCAAUGAGGAUAGCUCUUGCUCUUCUGACCCUUCAUCUACUACUGUUUCAGCAGUUUAAAGCCUUUCACUGGAAAACUCUGAAUCCAAUGAAGAAGCCUAUCUAGAUUUUAGUAUUUAAAAUUCUUAAAUAGCAAAAGACUUUUCAGUCUUGCUGAAAAAUAUGGCUUAAGAUCCAGUGGUUGACAAUGUCAGACAAACUUAAAAUACAAUUUCUUAGCAGUGAGAGCAGAGAAACGUUUGCUGUUUGGGGUCUUUUAAGAAAAAAAUCUGCACACAACCUCAAAAUACUGUGAAUUGCUGGUGUAUCCCUUCCUUAAGGAUUACGGGAAAUACCAGAAGCUGCACUGCCUUUGUGCCUUGCAGCUCUGAACCAGGCCGAGGACUGUAAUUAAACUAAAUGGUUUGUCUGGUUAUGAGUCGUGGAUUUUUCUUCCUAGUGCAUAAUGUACCAAACCAGUUCCUGUUUUGUUCCGCAUCCCAUCCCACCCCACCUCAGGUAUACUGGAUUGGUCACAGCAAAGACGCGGAAGACUAGGGCUUAAUGCUUUAGGCUGAUAUAUACAAUUUUGUGUUUUCCCACGUUCCUAUUUGUCCAUUACACUUAUAUUUCUCAGACUUGCAUCUUAUCUAUGCAUUUUGAGUCAAGAAUUUUCCCAAAAUGCCAAGAACAAAAACCACUAUCUUAAAAAAUUUUUUUUUCGUUCGACUGUGUAUUUUUGUAGAUCAUGUAUAUACAGAACUCAUCUGAUUUUCUGCUGUCCCUCUGCCUGCAGCAUGCAAUGGUUUCGUCAAAAGAACCAAAGCAUACUAGUCUUAAGAUUAAGCAGGAAAAAAAACACCAAUGGCUGAGAAAAAGUCAUAAAGUGUUCCUCCUGUGCAAAUAUUUGCUGAUAAAGUUAGUAGGAUUUUGUUGUCAGACAGAUUCUUACUGAAGACCAGGCCUCUAAGCACCCUCCUGGUACCAAACCACUCAACGAUGCAAACCGAGCACACAAGUUCCUACAAUCACUUAAAUCUCGACGUGUACGUGUAAUUCCGGUACUUGUCCCUUGAAUGAACCAGAGGGAAGUGUACUGUAUUCUUUAACAGCAAAACUUUUUUAUUCUUGACCUGUCUCAUCCAGUGAAUUUUAGGAGCUACUUUGCUGUAGGAUUGAUAAAUUCACGGUGGAUUACACU